AAGAGGCACUGAAUUAGUAAUGACUUUGAGACUUGCAUCAGCGCUCGAUACAUGCAGAAGAAGCAAAAGAAAUACUGUGCAUAUAUUAAUGGCUGCUGCAAAAGCAUUUGAGGGUUUUGGUGAUAGAUUAUUAUCUGAAAUACGCAAAAUGUCUCCAAAAGAUAUUAAAAUAAGGAUCUCUGCACCACAGGAACGUCUAUACAGUACUUGGAUUGGAGGAUCCAUCCUAGCAUCAUUAGAUACUUUUAAAAAAAUGUGGGUCAGCAAACGUGAAUAUGAUGAAGAAGGACGUCGGGCUAUACAUCGUAAAACUUUUUGAGCCAAAAAUGCACAGUACUUUAGAGUAAAGUGACAGUGUAAAGAGUUUUAUAAGAAUGUACAUAAAUUGUAUUUAUUUUAUUAAAAUUAU